AUGCCUGCGCCAACCGCCCUCCAGGUGGUCGACGAUACCCCGCCAUCAACCGUCUCUCUGCCCGAAACCAACGACGAAGAACUCCUUCUCGACGCCCCCGACCUCCCCGCCGAAGGCGACCUGAUCCUGCAAAAGGUUCCGAACGAUGAGCACACAGCCGACAUGAUCAUCGACGAGGAGAACCGCCCCCGCUUCGCCCCCGGCAACGACAUUUCCACCUCCAAAGAAGUCCAGACACGCAAGGUCCCCAUCCCGCCGCACCGCUUUACCCCUCUCAAGACCAACUGGAUCAACAUCUACACACCCCUCGUCGACCACCUCAAGCUCCAGGUCCGCAUGAACCCGCGCCGCAAGUCUGUCGAGCUCCGCACUUCCAAGCACACCCUCGACGACAGCGCUCUGCAAAAGGGCGAGGAUUUUGUCCGCGCCUUCACCCUCGGCUUCGACGUCGACGACGCCAUUGCCCUGCUGCGUCUCGACGACCUCUACAUCGAGACCUUUGAGAUCAAGGACGUCAGGCAGGUCAUGGGCGACAACGCCCAAACAAGAGCCGUCGCACGCAUCGCCGGUUCCGGCGGCAAGGUCAAGGUACGUUCAGACAUCCCAGAGAGCCAAAGGAGGAGAGACCGCUCCUGUCACAAAACCAUGACCAACAGCAUUCCCUGCUGCCGGGGGGAAACAACUCACGAACUGCCUCUCGAAAAAUACAAAGAAGCUGAAUGCUGA